UGCCAAAAGCACUUCCUUCGCUCCCUCCCAGUCACCCUGAGCCUGCUUGCUGUUCCUCUAGAAAUUGCUUCUUGCACAGGAUCCCAGAAGGUAGACUUGACUGAUCCUAGAAGUUUGGAAACAGAGGAAUCCCUGAGAAUCCCCUAUGCAGAAUGAAGCUGGAAGAGGUUCCACCAGAAGAUGAGUAAGAGCUAAAUCUGAGAUGAGAGAGCAGCUGCAGCCAAUCAGAAUGAGACACAAUAGCUGAGCCGUGGAUUAUAGCAUUGCCCCUGAAUGAAGAGGAAGGGGAGAUUGUCCUGAGCAUUGAGCCCAGCAGCCACAUGGAACAGGACAACGUGCCUGCAGUCAAUGUAGCCCCUGUAUCCCGAGGGAAGGGAGAGCGCCCUUACCCCUGCAGCGAAUGUGGGAAGGCAUUCAGCCAGUGGUCCAAGCUAGUGCGCCACCGGCGUAUCCACACAGGCGAGCGUCCCAACACCUGCACAGACUGUGGAAAGUCUUUUACUCAGAGCUCCCACCUGGUUCAGCACCGGCGGACGCACACGGGCGAAAAGCCUUACGUCUGCCAGGACUGUGGCAAGGCCUUUUCUUGGAGCUCCAACCUGGCCCAGCAUCAGCGCACCCACACUGGGGAGAAGCCGUAUGUCUGCCGGGAGUGCGGCAAGGCCUUCUCGCAGAGCACCAACCUCAUCAAGCACCAACGUAGCCACACCGGCGAGAAGCCCUACCGUUGUCCCGAGUGCCCCAAAAGCUUCUACCGCUCUUCCGAUCUCAUUCAACACCAGAUCACACACACUGGCGAACGCCCUUUCAAGUGCGAAGAGUGCGGGAAAGGAUUUACACAGAGCGCCAACUUGGUCAAACAUCGUAAGAUCCAUGCUGGAGAGAAACCCUUCCGUUGCAAUGACUGUGGCAAGACCUUCAUUCAGAGCUCGGAGCUCAUCCAGCACCAGCGGACUCACUCGGGGGAGAAGCCCUACCAGUGCCAGGAAUGCGGCAAACGCUUUGGCCAUGGUGCCACCCUGGUCAAGCACCAGCGGCUUCACAUGGGGGUGGAGCCCUACCGCUGUGCAGACUGUGGCAAGACUUUUGGACUCAGCUCUGCACUAGAGCGCCACCGGCGGUGCCACAGUGAAAGCCGCCCGUACGCUUGCGGGGAAUGUGGACAGAGUUUCUCCUUAGCCUCCAACCUCACUUUGCACGCUCGUAUCCACCGGGGCGAGAAACCAUACCGAUGUGCCGAUUGCGGCAAGUGCUUUGGCAUGAGCUCCACCCUCAUCCGCCACCAGCGCAUCCACACGGGUGAGAAGCCUUACGCGUGUUUGGACUGCGGGAAGGCCUUUGUCCGAAGCUCGCACCUCACCCAGCACCGUCGAACGCACACUGGUGAACGGCCGUACCAUUGCGAGGAAUGCGGCCGGCGUUUCUCCCAAAGCUCCAACCUCAUCACUCACCAGCGCAUCCACAUGGAGGAACGGCCCCACGUCUGCCAUGGCUGCGGGCAGCGCUUUGCCCUGGAGGAGGAACUGCAGCGCCACCAGCAGGAAGAGAAUGGGAAGUGCAAGGAGAAAAGAAAGGCCAAAGAACCAGACAGAAGUGUUUCCUCUGUAGAGGACCUGUAUGGCAGCAGCCCUGAGGAUGAUGCCCCCAUGCAGGAACAUUCAGAAAACAGCAGCGUAACAUGUGCCAUGUGUCGUCUGGACAGCAAAGAUGCUGGAGGAGUGGAGCAGCUUCAGAGCCGCCAUGCUGUUCACCUUUGUAAUAUUUGUGAGCAGAGCUUCCAAGAUGCUGAAACGUUAGCACAGCACGAGGAGAGCCACACUUCUUAUAUCUGCACGGAGUGUGGGAGGAGCUUCGAUGAUGCCGGAACCUUGGCUUGCCAUCAGGAGGAUCAUGAAUCUUGGAUAUGUGGCACAUGUGGACAGAUGUGCAGGGAUAGUGUGGCUCUGGUUGAGCAUGAAGAAACCCAUUCACUGCCCAUUAGUAGGCCAUGUAGGGUGAAACUGAUUGACCGCAAAAGAGAGGGGCAGCAUGAGAGAAGCAGGAAGGGCAAGGAAAAUAUGAAGCGUUCGUUGGUCCAAGAACCCCCCAAGGUCCUGCCAUGCAUCAAUUCCAAGGUUGCGGAGAGAGACCUCAUGGAGCCAGAGGAAGCCCAGGGAGCUUGGGUUCGUCUUGAAUGUGGGAAAAGCUGCAAGGAUGUCUCAAUCCUAGGGAGUCAUCAGCAGAGUCACAGGAGAUCUCUUGUCUGCUCUGAACAAGGGCAUGGUGAGGUCAAUUUCAGGCAAGAGAAAUUGUACCAAUGUUCUGAAUGCGAACAGGAUUUUGGAGAUGUGUUGGCCCUGACUUGCCACCAGAGGGAACAGAAGUGUGGGAAUCUGGAUCAGUGUUUGGAGUGUGGUCAGCCUGUGGUGGACACCUCAGCUCUUACACUCCGCCAGGAGAGGCAGCUGGGGGACAAAGUUCAUGAACGUCUUCAACCCAAAGAAGCUUCCAGUCCUGAGUUAGACAUUGCUGUACAUCAGAAGAAUCAGACCCAGGAGCCUUCUGAUACAGCUCUCAUUGACCCUCAAGAAGUCUUCGCAGAAGAAGAGACUUCCAGUGAAAGUGCUUUCUCUAGCUUCAAUCAGGGAAAACCAUUGGAAGGUCAGCUGUUCUGUUGCUCCUCAGGUCUUUCUGCCCACCAAGGAACCAUCACGGAUGACAACACUUCCAACAAUAAACCUCAGAGAAUCCCCGUGGGACCCUCUGGUGGGCUUCCACAGAGCCAUUCAUCUCCUUCCUUACAAGAAGAUGAGUCCUGCUUGCACCCACAGGAUGGCUGUAGAGUCAAGAGUCCCUUAGAUGCUUCUUCUUUCAAAGAAGCCUCUAUCCGUGCUCGGAUCUCUCCAAAGAGUAGAAUCCUAGACAAGUCUUCUCCGGUAUCAACAGUAAUGACUGCCCUCAUCCAACAGUCGAGCACCAAGCCCUACAAGUGUCACGAGUGCGAGCAGAGUUUUGCCGCUGCGUCCGGCUUGUCUCAUCACCAGAUCGGCCACACAAAGGAACGUUUGCUGAAGUGCCCUGAAUGUGGGCAGGGCUUCCCGGAAAGGUGGGCUCUGAUCCAGCACCAGAUGGACCACAGGGUGGAGAAACACAGAGGGGCCCAUGUCCCAUCAUCAUCCCCAAAAGAGAAUUGUAGCAAAGACAGGGGGAGCCCAGAACUUGGGGAGAACUUCACAGGGUUCUCAGCCAUCCUUCUGCAGAGAGAGAACCAUAUCUCUGAAAGGAGCAUGUUGCUACGGCCCAAGGACCAUGGAGCUGAUGGAAAGCAGACCUUGGCUGAUGCCUUGGAGACCUCAGAGUCCUAUUUCAAUCUUGACUUGGGUAAAUCUCCCUGCUCUGGUGGUCUGUUGACCCAGCACCACAUACGACCAGAUAAAGGCAGAUAUUUUGUGCGUUCUGAGCCCAGGAAGAUUUCCAGAAACAGUUCACUUCUGCUGCACCAUCUCCAGAACCACACGGUGGAGAAGUCUUGAUGCCCUGAAAUUGCAGGUCAUGUCAGUAUGACUUGUAGCAGUGGCCAUGUUUAUGCUUUCCCUCCUGGCACACAGGCCUAUUGAGCUGUGGGGCCCUUCGAUGCAAUUGUGGUUUUUGAAGUCUGCCAAUCAGAGGACAGUUGUCAGCUAGGAAUUAUGGGAACCAUAGUCCCAGAGAGCACCAGGUUGGGGAAGGUUGCUUCUGAUGGAGAUAAGACACAGACAUUACUCUAUGGAUGGGAUGUAGAGAUAAAACAGAACUGAAAGAGAAUGUGUUGUUUGGCAGAUAUGCAAGAUGAGAAACCCUUAUAAUACUUCUCUAUCCAUAAAAUAAAGCAAAUUUCCUUUCCUUCCUCCUUUACCCUUUAUUUUCCCCUUCCUUUCCC